GCGGGGCGGGGUGGGCGUUGCGGGGCGAAACUAUCACCCCGUGAAGAUGCUGCUGGACCUGUCCGAGGAGCAUAAGGAGCACCUGGCCUUCCUGCCGCAAGUGGACAGCGCGGUGGUCGCCGAGUUUGGGCGGAUUGCUGUGGAGUUCCUGAGGCGAGGGUCGAACCCCAAGAUCUACGAAGGCGCCGCCAGAAAACUCAAUGUGAGUAGUGACACUGUGCAGCAUGGUGUGGAGGGAUUAACAUACCUCCUCACUGAGAGCUCAAAGCUCAUGAUUUCUGAACUGGAUUUCCAAGACUCUGUUUUUGUUCUGGGAUUCUCAGAAGAAUUGAACAGAUUGUUGCUUCAGCUGUAUCUGGACAACAGAAAGGAGAUCAGAAGUAUUCUGAGUGAACUGGCACCAGAGCUUCCCAGUUACCACAGCCUUGAAUGGAGACUAGAUGUACAGGUGCUGUGGAUACAGCAAAGACCAAGACACGGUUUUGCGCUUGGGAACAUCAUAAGCAGCAAAUCCUGUGGGGCUCAUGAAGAGGAGAUGACUGUGCUUAGGCCUUUAUCUCUUGCAAGCAGAAGCCUCAGACAACAGAUUAAACCAGCAGUGACAAUAAAGCUGCACCUUAAUCAGAAUGGAGAUCCCACCACCAAAGUCCUGCAGACAGACCCAUCCACCCUGCUCCACUUGGUUCAGCAGCUGGAACAAGCAUUGGAGGAGAUGAGAACAAACCACUGCCGGAGAGUUGUCCGCAACAUCAAAUAGGACCAGUUUGAAGAUUUUAAUCCUUUCGAAUCAUUAACGAUCUACAGCAAUUACUUUGCACAGUUAUUAUUUUUUUUAAUUGGUAAUGAUAAGUACAUCUAGAUCAGAUGAAUUUCUUCUCCUGUGCCAGGAUAUUGAGGUCAUGAUCAUAAACGAAAGUAAAGUUCCUUUCCUGGUGCUAAGUGUCCGCUUCGUGGCAAAGUGAGAUGUAUUUUGUAUUUUAAGUGUGUAAAUAGGAUCGAGCCAACUGGAAAUGAAUCUGCUGUUCAUAUCGUCUGUGUAUGUGAAUGACUAUCCUGUUUUUGAUACUUCUUUUGACUGCUUAACUUUCUUUAUUCUUUUCCUCCUUAUUGACCAAAUUUGAAAAUAAAAUUCAAAACGUGAUUUUAUUACCAUUCAGAAUAUUUUUAGACUAUUCAGUUUUUUUGACUUUUAAAAGCACCCCACAAUGCGAAUGGUCACAGAAUAGCUGAAAGUAAAAAUGGUUUUUUUUAAAUGCUGUAUUGUUGUAGGUGGCUCAGGUGUUUUUCUUUGCAUGUGAAGAUGGUAAGUACUAACCAUAUGGCUUAAGUUUAAAUUGUCAUGGCUGAUUGGCUUAAGUAGGACUCAGAUUUGAAUGAAUAUAUAUUGUAUUUUAUCGGGGACUAAUUUUGUUCCCCAGUACCCAACGCAUCUAAGAAACAUGCUGUUAUUCACAUUUAUAAAGUAAUGGAUGCAGGAAUAAUAUAAUAAAUUUUGAAUUAUCUGGAUAUGAA